AUGGAACCCAAUUUAGAAAGGCCUAGUGUCACCUUUACCACUCAUGGUCCUUUCGAAGAUUCUAUUGGGUUCGGGUUUGAUGCCAUGACGAAUGAUUACAAGGUUGUUCGACUUGUCACUCUUGAGGAAGAUGCGGCAAAUCCAAUUGUAGCUGAGGUUUAUUCACUAGCCACCGGAUCAUGGAACAGUCUUGGUUCUGUUGCACCACCAUGCCGAGUACAUGGAGUAAGACGCCAGUGUUUUUUCAACGGAGCUAUUCAUUGGGCUGUAGAACCUGGGGGAACUGCUGGUGCUUAUUUCUAUUUCAUAUUUGAUCUCGGCAGUGAGUUAUUUCGUGAGAUAAUGAUCCUUUGGGGUACCGAAAUGCACUUAGAAUCGCGAGUGUCUGUCUCGGGAGAUGAGAAAUCCCUUGCUUUGUUCACGAGGUACAGAGAUAAGAAUGGUGUUUGUUCUCUUGAUAUCUGGGUAAUGAAAGAGUAUUGCAGGCAGGACUCGUGGACUAAACUGAUAACUUUAGGUCCAAAUUUAACUGUCUGUAGUGUAGACGCCAUUGACAAGCCCUUACCAAAAUGA